AUUCAUUCAUUUAUAUAGAUGUUUCAUAUAAACUGAAUAAUAUUCAUACAAUAUAAGUUAUAAUAAAUUAUAUAAACAAGUACAAUUGAAGUGUAUAAAUUAUUAAUAUAAAAUAUUAACUUACAUUCGAUAUGCAUAUUGUAUUGCAUUCGAUAAUUGUUACUACAAGUUACUAAAAAACUAAUGAAUAGUAAUGGCGGCACUGCUAUAACUUAUAGUUAUCAAGAAGGUAUUCUUGCGCGGUAAAUCAAAUUUUUGUAUAGGAAAUUUUUGAUUGAUAAAAUGACAUUUCCACAAGCUCAUCAAGUUGAAUUGAUAGCAUUAGCUGAAUUAGCAGGAAUUUCAACAAUUCCGGGCGUUUAUCGUAUCAUAUUGGAACUCUUAGCACUUCAAAUAUCACCAGAGGAUAUAUAUAUUCUUUUGAAACAAAUAUGUUCACAAUCAACAGAAAAUCAAGCUAGUGAUAAUCCUGAAGAAGUAUAAUAUGUUAACUGUGAAUUAAUAUAUAUAUUUGUAUAUUGUUUUUUUUUAUUAUUUAAAUCAAUAAAUUAAAAUUUAAAUUAUAA